GAGUUUUAUCAUCGAAUACGCAAUCGCAAAGUCGUCAUCGCCGAAUGUAACUGCUUGAUAACCUACCACUUUCUCUGUGGCCGCAGCAAGCGCAGCCUCAGUCGGCAGACGCGCGAUCACUCCCGCGGCGAACGGCGCGCGCCAGCGGCAAAUGUCAAACUCAGUUUAAAAAUCGAACGUUGAAAAAAGUUAUUGUUGUUUUGUUAUCUGUUUACAACGGUCAAUAUGGGAACUUGUGAAGCGUUAAGGUGGAGUCUACUGCUUACAACGGCCGUAUUAACAUUACAGACGUUCGCACAGAAAAACAAAUCAGAUGUCACUCAAGCAGUCCCUAGUGACCUUAGAAGGGUCGUUAGUGAGGCUUUAGCAUUAGAAAGAAAAUACCUACAGGGUGCUCGAGAUAUACAAAAUUGCACAGCGGAGCUAGAUGAAGCGAGCGCUAUUCCUUGCCCGCCGAGCAAGUACAGAAGCGCCAGCGGGGAAUGCAACAACGUGAGGCACAGACCCUGGGGGCGGCGGGGAGACGUCUUCCUGAGACUGCUGCCAGCCAACUACGCUGACGGUAUAUCGCAGCCCAUGGAGCCACCGCGGGUGCCCCCGCCGCCGCUAGCGAUCACCGCAGCCGCUCAGCUGACGCAGCCAGCCGACCACGACUACGUCACGAGUUUGCUGGCCGCCUGGGGCCAGCUGUUAGUUGAAGAUCUCACUGCCACUGCCAACGGGAACAAAGAAUGCCAGGGAUCCCCUUGCGAAUACGUCCGAUCUGCGCCAUCCAGAAAUAUAGAUUCUUGUGGUUUUGAAAGUCGUGAGCAACUGAAUCUGGCGACAGCAUUCCUCGACGGCUCCGCGCUGUACGGCAGCGCUGAGAAAGAACUGCGCUCUCUACGGCUGUAUGACGCUGGCAAGCUGGACGUCGCGUCUUGUCAUAAAUGCAAUGACAACAAACCGACAGCCCCCCUGUACAAAGCGUUAAUUUCGGAACACAACCGCAUCGCUGGCGAACUGUACGCUCUCAAUCCGUUCUGGGAUGACGUCACACUGUUCCUGGAGACCAGGCGAGCCAUGGCAGCCAUCAUCCAGCACAUCACCUACAAUGAGUUCCUGCCGGUGCUUCUGGGAGAGGUGGGCAUGGCCAAGGCAGAGCUGAAACUGCAAUCGCUGGGUUUCUGGCGAGGCUACUCCAGCGCCAACCGCGCCGGCGCCUACAGCGAGCUAGUGGCUGUGGCGCCCAUAUUCAAGGCCAUGAUGAAUGAGAAACUGAUCAAUACGACCGUAACCCUCGAGCACCUAGUCCAUACAGUCGCGCACAAAGUGUCCCGCUUCCCUGCGUCUGCGCAGUUUGAUCUCAACCGCGCGAGAGACCACGGAGUAGCGCCCUACCUCAGAGCCCUUCGCAUGUGCGAGCCCACCACACCCAUCAAGACCUUCGGGGACUUCGACAAGAUGGGCUUCGAUAGAACCCAAGUGGAGAUGCUCGCUGAUAUGUACAAGAACGCGGAAGACGUAGAGCUGAUGAUUGCUGGAGCUCUGGAGAAGGCAGCCAAUGGUGCAGUGGUCGGGUCUACCAUCGCCUGCAUACUAGCACUGCAGUUUGCUAAUCUUAAGAAGAGCGACCGAUUCUGGUAUGAAAACGAUAUCCCACCGUCAUCAUUUUUGCCGGAACAGUUAGGAGCUAUCAGAAAAGUAACGCUCUCCGGACUUCUGUGUGCGGCUGAGGAUACUCUCACUAACAUCCAACCUAAAGUCUUCGUCAAGGAGGAUCCUUAUCUCAACGCAGCACAACACUGUUCCCAACACAGUCGCCUGGAGCUGACUGCGUGGAGAGACGAGAGUGGCGCAAAAGCAGCUGAGAGGUUAUCGCAGGACAUGCUGUCCACGGCGCUCGAGAAAGCUAAACAGGAAAUGGCAGAUAGGAAGCGACUCGAAUACAUGCUCUGGGAAUCCCGUGGUGGAGCUGACCCAAAGUCACCGGUAGGAACGGCGGCAUCCUUCUCCAAAGCCAACAAGUAUGCACUGAAACUGGCCAACACCUCGCUGUUCUUCGAAUUCGCCACCAACGAACUGAUUAACAACAUCCACGGAGGAAACCGUCGCAAGCGUCAAAUCUUCGACGACAGCCUCGGCUUUGGCACGUCAAACGAAUUCGUGGACUCCCUGCAAAACGUGGACGUGAGCAGCUUCAUCGGGCAGCAGGACCUCGGACCCAGCAUCGAGCCCCAGUGCGACGACAAUGGGUCCUGUGACCCCGACAGCCCCUUCAGGACCUACACGGGACAUUGCAAUAACCUCAGGAACCCAAACUUGGGCAAGAGUUUGACCACUUUUGCCAGAUUGCUGCCGCCAGUUUACGAAGAUGGUGUAAGCCGGCCCCGCAUCAACUCAGUGACGGGCACGCCCCUCCCCUCCCCCCGCAUCAUCUCCACCGUGAUCCACCCCGACAUCUCCAACCUCCACACGCGCUACACGCUCAUGACGAUGCAGUUCGCGCAGUUCCUCGACCACGAGCUCACUAUGACCCCCAUUCACAAAGGUUUCCACGAGUCCAUCCCCGACUGCCGCUCGUGCGACUCCCCGCGGACGGUCCACCCCGAAUGCAACCCCUUCCCCGUACCAAGAGGAGACCAUUACUACCCCGAAGUUAACAUCACGUCCGGAGAGAGAUUGUGUUUCCCCUUCAUGAGAAGUUUGCCAGGACAACAGACUUUGGGACCAAGAGAACAAGUAAACCAGAACACGCCUUAUAUCGACGCAUCAGUAGUAUAUGGUGAAAACCCUUGCAUCGUGAGGAAGUUGCGAGGUUUCCAUGGCAGACUGAACGCGACCGUGAAUCCUCACGGCGGCCGGGAGCUGCUGCCCCGAUCUGAUUCGCACCCAGAGUGUAAAGCUGCCAGCGGAUACUGUUUCAUUGCUGGUGACGGGCGCGCAUCCGAACAGCCGGGCCUUACAGCUAUCCAAACCAUCUUCAUGAGGGAACACAACCGGCUAGUGGAAGGUCUGCGCGGCGUCAACCCCCACUGGGACGCCGACCUGCUGUUCGAGCACGCGCGCCGCAUCCUCGCCGGGGAGUUCUCCCACAUCAUCUACAACGAGUUCCUGCCCAGGCUUCUGUCCUGGAACGCCGUCAACCUGUACGGACUAAAGUUGUUGCCGUCAGGCUACUACAAGGAAUACUCCCCGACCUGCAACCCAGCAGUAGUAACAGAGUUCGCGUCAGCCGCGUUCAGAAUCGGCCACUCCUUGCUCAGACCGCACCUGCCUCGAUUGUCUCCCACCUUCCAGCCCGUGGAACCGCCCAUUCUGCUGAGAGACGGCUUCUUCAAGACUGAUCUGUUCAUGGAGCACCCAGGAUUAGUCGACGAACUGAUGCGAGGACUAUCCUCAACACCCAUGGAGACCCUCGACCAGUUCAUCACCGGAGAAGUCACGAACCAUCUCUUCGAAGACCGCCGCAUUCCAUUCUCAGGCGUCGACCUUAUAGCUCUGAACAUCCAGAGAGGCAGAGACCAUGGAAUACCUAGUUAUAACAACUACAGGGCGCUGUGUAAUUUGAAGAGAGCCGCCAAUUUCGAUGAUCUAUCGAGGGAAAUUCCCGAUGAAGUUAUUGCCAGGCUGAAGAGAAUAUACCCGACAGUUGAUGACAUCGAUCUGUUCCCUGGUGGUAUGAGCGAGCGGCCUCUGCAAGGGGGGCUGGUGGGCCCCACUUUCGCCUGCAUCAUCGCCAUACAGUUCCGGCAACUCCGGAAGUGCGACAGAUUCUGGUACGAGAAUGACAACACAGCCGCUAGGUUCACGGAGCGCCAGCUAGCGGAGAUCAGGAAAACCACGAUGAGUAAGAUCAUGUGCGACAAUUUCGACAUCGAGGGCGAUAUACAGCGCGCUGCCUUCGAUCUGCCCAGCAAUUUCUUGAAUCCCCGCGUCCCUUGUUCGUCGUUGCCGAAGCUGGACCUGUCGGCGUGGCGCGAGAGCGCAGCCCAGGGCUGCCUCAUCGCGGGGCGCUCUGUCGCGGUCGGAGAGUCCGCGUUCCCUUCGCCCUGCACUUCUUGUAUAUGCACUGCUGAAGGAGCACAAUGCGCAUCGCUGCGCAUCACGGACUGCGGCCAGCUGCUGCGCGAGUGGGCGCGCGACGCCGUGCUGCGCGACGACGUGUGCGCGGCGCAGUGCGGCGCCGCCGCCGCGCCCCGCGCACGCGCGCCGCGCAGGCCCAGCCUCAACUUCAAAUUCCCCGACCUCUCACCCUUCGUAGCCAAAUAACUCCACUACAGCCAGUGUUCGCGAGCGCGAGAAAUUCCUUCAGAUACAUAUUUGGGAUAAUCAAGGAGUAAACAUCCAUCAUCAUCAUUUUCAGCUAUAUCAACCCACGUGAUCCAAACAUUGUCCAGCGGACUUGUGGUUUACCAACCGGUCUCUGCCACCACACUGUCACUGAAUGGUCCAUCGAUGGUCUUCUCUUCUAGCCAAGUGUCCCGCCCAUUCUUUAACUGCGCGAUUUGUUUAUCUACGUCUUCGAACUUUAACAUUAACUUCUUCAAAUUCAAAUUAGAUCAUUCAAAUUUUAAGUUAUUCUUAGACACCUCAAACAAGUUUCUGAAGGAAUUUAUAGUGGCCGCGCUCGCGCACUUAUAAUUCUUUUUUGUGAAGCAGAGUAUAUAAUAAAUCAAGGACGGUAUUCCACUCAUCUGAUUCUUCAUCAUAUAUUAAUUAUUGCUGCCAAAUUAUUAUAAUGAUCAUGUACAACCCCCGAUCUAUUAAAAACAGUUAAAAUUUGACUUCAAACAUCCUAAAAUUAAAAUUAUAUAAAAUGUAUAUCAAUCAAAAAGUAUACAAUUGUCGGUGAUAUUUAUUGAUGAACGCAUAACUGAAAGUUUGUGGUGAAAACCUUUUGAGACAAGAUGUAUCAAUAUAAUACUCCAUAAUGUGCCCUUUAUAGUUAUGUUGGAGGCCCAUCAUUUGAUACCAAUUAAGCGGUCUCCUCCAUUCGUUGACUUUAGUCCAGUCUUUAAAAUAAUUUGGUCAAAUGAUAAAAAGCGAAUGUUGACCGUCAAGGCUAGUCUAAUGCUGAUGCCUUUUGUAAAUAUAAUAAAUGUUUCGAUGUUUUUAUUUUCUAAAUUUAACGAUUUCUGAAAUGCUGAAAAUAUAUCAAACAUUUUUUUUACAAAUUGUUGUUUUAGCUUUUCAGAAAUCCCAUAAUUAUGUAGAUUUAAUUUUAACAUUAUUGUAGGAUUAAGUAUUUUUUAAGAUUUUAUACGCAUCUAUUUAUAGAUCUGGUUACCAAAAAUGUUGUAGAACUAAUACGUUCUUGAAUUACUUUAUGAAAAAAAUGUUAAUAGAUAUAACAAGUCCAACUGCUGGGCUAAAAAUAAAACAAUAAAAAUGCCAAUUGACAACUGCUUAUGAAAGUAUUUUACCGUAGUCAACUUUACCUAAAUCAAUAAAAACGACACAGUCGUCGUAAAAUAUUAUGUGAUAGCAUCUAAGCCAUAUUCUAUUAGCUAAAACCGUUUACCCAAAUUGUUAUUUUCAUAUCAAAAACCGAAUUAUUGUAUCAUAUUCAUUCAUUUAAACUUUUUGUAAAUAAAAUAUGGCCAUCUGUAGCUUUAAUUGAUAACAUAAGGAGCCGUCCAUAAUGUAGCAAAGUAAGAUUUACCAAUUGAUACUGCAUGUUACCAUUACGUAGUACAACGAAUGUGAAACUGUUGGACUCGAUUCACUGCCUGUAAUGCCUGGGAAUCUCGAAUGUGUAAAUUAUUUUUGUACAAUAUUGGCCUAGAUUAUAUUGUUUAGUUAAGAAAUACAAACUCACCUAGUGACAAUUUUAUAAACUGAUAAAUAAGA